AUGCGCUGUCGAGUGCUGGUAUUAUGCGGAUUGUUGAUGCCCUACGCCGCCGAGCGAGUCCCGUCGCUCGAGAAGUUAGACAUUGAGAAGCCGCAAAACGAAGGGGAGUUCGCUGUCCAAUCGAGGAGUUUCCAAACGGAGGCCUCGCGCAGCUUCUUGAGUCGUCACCCAGACAGCGACGCGUCACUUCUGGCAGAACGAGCCGAUGCUCUUCAGCAUUUCCCCAGCUCUUGCACCAAUGGAACCCUCCGGCUCACUGGCAAGUACGAGGUCACAGAAGUCGUCGCGGUUCAAGGAGAUUGCGACAUCGUCGGUGACGGCGCAGAGCUGCAGCUUUACGAGCGUUUGAUCUUCAAUGGAAGCGUGCACUUAUCCGGAGUCAUCAGAAUCUCCGCUCAGCGCGCUUUGCUUGGGGCGUGCCUGAAGGUAGCAGGCAACUGCACCGUAACGAAGAGUGCAGAAGUGGCCUUCGGGGGCUGCAGCAACGAAGCCGUCAUUGGAGGCAAGAGAAUCGGCAACAAGGGGGAAUUCAACAGUCGCAAAGGCGGCGGCAGAGGCCUUCAAUAUGUAGAACGAGGAGGUGGUCUCAAUGUUGUGGGAGCCCUUCAGAUUCUCGGGAAUCUGAGCUUUCACAACUGCCACAGCCUGGAAAGUGGAGGCGGCGCAGCCAACGUCAGAGGUCCAGUGCUGCAACAGGGCGGAAGCCUUGUGGUGACUGACUGCUCCUCCGAGAAACUUGGAGGCGGCAUCUAUGCUCAAGAAGGCUUUGACCAGUCUGGCGGAGAUGUGCGGAUCUCCAGAGUCAGAGCAGGCAACAAUGGAGGUGCCAUCUUGGCAAUGGGACGGUUCAGCCAGUCUGGUGGCACAAUGCUUAUCCAAGAAAGCACCAUCACGAACGGUGAGGGAGGAGGUGCCAUUGCCACUGCUCCCGCUCCACACAAGCAGACUACCUUCGUCCAGUCUGGUGGCACCUUGCGAAUAGAGCACAGCUCAGCCCCGAAAAGUGACAAAAGGGGAGGAGGUGGAGGAGCCAUUUUCACGAACUUCUUCUACAAGUCAGGUGGCCAUCUAGCAUUCAACAACUGCUCGGCGGUGUCCAACGCCAAAUCCGACAGGUUAGGAGGUGCAAUCUUCGCAAAGGGUGGCUUCAGCAUGUCCGGCGGCUUCUUUCGCGCUGAAGACUGCUCCGCAAAGAAAUAUGGAGGUGCACUCCACAUUUACGGCAACAUGAGCGUCUCUGGGGGCGAGCUCGUGUUCGAGAGAUGCUCCCUGAAGCAUCUCGUGAAGAAGGCCAAACGGAAGAACAUUUACCAAGAGGAGAAGAAGCUCUUUGGGCGGAGCCAUGGAGGUGCCAUCAAUGCGGUAAACUUCAUCCAGUCGGGCGGCGCUGUGCGGAUUGCAGACUGUGCUACUGACGAGGGGAAGGGUUACGGAGGCGGUCUUAGUGCCCAUCACAGUCUCACGCUGACCGGUGGCAUUCUGGACGUCAGACAGUCUUCUUCAUCCUAUUAUGGAGGUGGCCUGUACACCAGGAUCUUUACACAGCUGGGUGGCAUGUUGAACGUGCAGCAUUGCUUUGCAGUUCAAGGAGGCGGCAUCUAUGUGAACGAUGGACCAGCCAAUCAGAUCGCUGGGAACAUCUCCGUGCACGGUUGCCACGCAUCGGGACAGGGCGGAGGAAUAUUAAUACACAACAGUAGCUUUAGUAGCCACGGCUACUUGGAUGUCCAGCAAUGCAUGGCAUUGGGCGACAAAGGUGGUGGUCUCUUCGUCUAUAAUUCCAGUGUCAAUUUAUCAGGACGGGCAUCGUUUGUAGACUGCAGUGUUGACAAUGGACAUGGCGGCGGCAUUUAUUCCAGCGGCAACAUUACCAUCACCGGGCCAGCAACGUUCAAGAAUUGCGAAGCCAAGUACAAGGGUGGCGGCUGCAUCAGUUUGGGCUCCGUGGAAAUGCAGAAUGCUACGUUUGAUCACUGCAAGGCAGAGGGAGCCGGGCUUUGGGCCAAGCAGAGCAUCAAGAUUGCAUCGACGACUUACAUUGGCGAGCCUCAACCACCACGUGGCGCAAACAGCUUCAUAAAGUGCGACCAGAAAGGAGCCAUGUCCUUCGAUGUCGUUUAUUGUCCCAGAGGCUCCGGCCUCCGUGUCGGUGACCGAGCCAUGGGAUGUUAUAUGUGCAACCCUGGCCGCACACGGCUUUCGAGCAGCGGCAACGAUUUCUGCGUAGAAUGUCCGGAAGAAGCGACUCACAAUUGCACGCCAACUGAACUUGCUCUGCUGCCUGGCUUUAUGGCCCAGCUCGAGGAUCCCAGGAAUCUCUCGCGAAUCUUCCGCUGCCCGAACGAGAAAGCAUGUCCAGGGGGGAUCGUCUCCGCAGCAGAGUCCUUCGGCCAACCACCAGAGACCGUCCAAGCCAUGUGUGCAUCUGGAUUUGAAGGCUUAGGGUGCUUGCAGUGCAACGCGUCGUCCCAUGCCAGAUCCGACAACAGCGUGCUGCAGUGCAUCAAAUGCGAAGACUCCUUCAGUCAGGUGGCUACGCAUGUGAUGUUCUACGUCGGAAAGGACACCCUGCUGUUCACUUCAGCUGCCCUCAGUGUGCUCAACGUGGGGUCGAAGAAGACCAGCAGUGGAGUCUUGAUCAACCAGCUUAUGGCCUUCGCUGCCGUGUCAGGGAGCAUAAUGUCUGGCGUGAUGCAAACGCAAUCCUUCCGUACACUCAAACAGAGCACCCGGGAAUGGUUGAACGGCCUGGGCUUGGCUGUGGAUACGCUGCAGGGAACGAGCGGUUCUGCCGGCAUGUCCCUCGAAUGCAUAGCCGGUGACCUGGGACUUGGCAAGUCCCUCCUCCAUGCACACCUUCUAUCUUGUAUCACGCCGCUCAUCCUCAUCGUCUUCCUGGCCAUCAAGAGGGACCCCUGGUUAGCGAUGGUGGUUGGGACCAACGUCUUCCUGCCGGGCUUCGUGGCUUUUUUCGGGAAGUAUCUCGUAAUGCUCAGGCUGCGGCCAGAGGGCGAAGUCGGAGGAGAGAUGCGCUAUGAGUUCCUGCCACCAAUCCUGCAGUCGCCGAACGAGGUGAUUACACUCAUCAUUGUGAUUGUGUCGGCGUGCUUCUCUCUGGCCAUAUACGGCUGGGUGCAUGCUGUGCUUCGAAGGAAGGAGCCGCCCCCCGUACAUGUAGCAUAUCUGAUGCUGCCAUACAAGCCCGAGUUUGCUUUCUGGGAGGUCGAGCGGCUGGUGCGGAAGAUGCUCCUGGUGCUCGUCAGCUCGAUGCUGCCCACGGCAAUCUCUCCCGCUUUGCAGAUGGAGGGAAUCGCGCUUGUCCUACUUUGCUCAUUGGGUCUCUAUGCCUCUUUCCGGCCCUACAAGGCAGACGCCUGGAAUCUGGCCGAGAUCUCGCUGCUUCUCGUGGCCUUGGCCAUUGCAGGGUUAACGACCUGCUUGCUCGCAAACGAUCUCCAUUGGGCGCACUCAGAAUCAACGCAAGUCGUAUUGAUCUACCUGAUUUGUUCACUGGCUGCAGGAAUAUCAAUUGGGAUGGCUGUGUUGAUUGCUUUCGCCCUGCUGCGUGAACGCCGCGAGCGUAAGCACCAGGACAGGGUAUGA